AUGGCGGAUCCAAAAUCAAGUGGCGUUUAUCGCAUUCCACCAUAUUAUUACAUCCACGUAUUAGAUCAGAAUAGCAAUGUACCACGAUUGGAAGUUGGUCCAAAAACAUUUGUUAAACAAGAUCAUGAAAAAGUUCUCUUAGGCCCAGAAAAACAUAUUAUCAUUCCACCGCGACAUUAUUGUGUCAUUGAAAAUCCAGCAAUGAGAGAUAAAAAAGGACAAGUGCUUAUCGAUACACAUGGACAAGUUCGAUUGUUACAUGCCGAUUUAGCAAUUAAAUUUACACAAGAACCGUUUCCGUUGUUUCCUGGAGAAGUAUUAAAACAGGCUGUGACUCCCUUAAAAGUGAUUGAACCGAAUUGUGCAUUACGUUUACGAGCUGUGCUAGAUUUUGUUGAUGAGGCUGGAACUCCAAUUAAAGCUGGUGAUGAAUGGCUAUUUGAAGGACCAGGCACCUAUUAUCCUCGAAAAGAAGUUGCCGUUGAAGAACAAAUAAAAGCUACGAUUUUGAAACCCACUGAAGCUGUUCGAUUACGUGCAAAAAAAGAAAUGAUUGAUCGUGAUGGUCAACCUCGUGAAACCGGUGAAGAAUGGUUAAAUAGAACGACUGGCUCUUACCUACCAUUGGCUACCGAAGAAGUUGUCAAAGUUGUUCAGCCAAUUGUAUUAACAGAUAAAAAAGCAGUUCACCUUCGAGCGAUACGUACGUUUAAAGAUACUUUUGGUAAUAAACGUUUACAUGGUGAAGAAUGGUUAAUAUAUGCCAAAGAUACCGAGACAUACAUACCAGAUGUUUAUGAAGAAGUUGUUGGAGAUAUCAUGGUGACAGCAUUAACUUCACGACAAUACUGUGUUAUUUUGGAUCCAGUGGGUAAAAACGGAAAGCCACAAUUAGGAAGAAAAGAACUUGUCAGAGGUGAAAAAACAUUUUUCUUACAACCGGGUGAGAAAUUGGCAAAAGGUAUCCAAGAUAUCUAUGUAUUAGAGGAAGAUGAAGGACUUAUUUUAAAAUGUACCGAAGCGUUUAAAGAAGAUGGAAAAAUUAUUCGAUCACCCGGUGAUCGAUGGAUGAUUCGUGGUCCAAAAGAUUACAUACCAGCUGUUGAAUCUGAAGUUGUUUUACGCCGUAAAGCCAUUCCAUUGGAUGUUAAUGAAGGCAUAUAUGUACGUGAUGUAAAAACGGGUAAAAUUCGAUCUGUAAUUGGCAAUACGUAUUUACUAACGGAAAAUGAAGAAUUAUGGGAAAAAGAAUUGCCAGUACAAACGGAACAAUUAUUAAAUUUGGAUCCAAGAUAUUUUGAAGACACUGAAAAACAACAACAACAACAAGCUCUCAUACCACCACGAGACAAAUCGAAAGUAAUUACUUAUAGAGUACCACAUAAUGCUGCCGUUCAAAUGUACGAUUAUAAAGCAAAGAAAGCACGAAUUGUAUUCGGACCAGAAUUAGUUAUGCUUGGUCCAGAUGAACAAUUUACAGUGCUUAAUUUGUCUGGUGGUAAACCCAAAUUUCCAAAUCGCAUUCGUGCGAUCUGCUUACUAUUGGGACCGGAAUUUUCAUCGGAUAUUGUUACUAUUGAAUCAGCUGAUCAUGCACGUUUAUCAUUGAAACUGUCUUAUAAUUGGCAUUUUGAUAUUAAACAUGACGAUAAUGAAAAAGUAGUUGCAAGUAUAUUUUCCGUACCGGAUUUUAUUGGCGAUUUUUGUAAAGCAAUUGCAGCUAGAAUUCGAGGUGCAGUAGCUGGUGUUAAUUUCGAUGAUUUUCAUAAAAAUUCAGCGCGAAUAAUUCGUGCUAGUGUAUUUGGCAUAGAAAAAGGCACAUCAAAAGUGAAUAAUCGUUUUGUGUUUGCCCAAAAUAAUUUAGUAUUAACAUCCAUUGACAUCCAAUCAGUUGAACCUGUUGAUCAACGUACUCGAGAGGCUUUGCAAAAAAGUGUACAAUUAGCCAUUGAAAUUACUACAAAUUCACAAGAAGCCCAUGCCAAGCAUGUUGCUGAAAAAACUGAACAAGAAGCUCGUGGUCAUUUGGAACGACAAAAAAUUCAUGAUGAAGCUGAAGCUGAGAAAGAACGUCGUAAUUUGUUGUUAUUGAAUGCAUUAUCUGCUGCUGUUGAAGCAACGGGACAAGCGAAAGCCGAAGCUCAAAGUCGUGCAGAAUCAGCGAAAAUUGAAGGUGAAGCAGCUGUUGAUACCGCUCGUCUUCGUGCUGAAGCAUCUAGAAUUGAAGCUGAAGUUGAAUUAUAUCGUUUAACAAAAGCACGUGAAUUAGAAUUAGAAUAUUCAAAACUAACAUCUGAAUUAGAAGUUGAUCGAGCACAACGCAUGACAAAUAUUGAAAUAGAAGAAUUUCAAAAACAUGUUGCAGCUAUUGGGGCAAAAACCAUUCAAGCAAUUGCCACAUCUGGUCCAGAUAUGCAAGUAAAAUUAUUACAAUCAUUAGGUAUCAAAUCAACAUUAAUCACAGAUGGUCGAUCGCCUAUAAAUUUGUUUAAUACAGCCAUGAGUAUGGUUGGUAAUAUCCAACAACCAACUUCCGCAACAUCGUCCUUACUUUCAACAACCAAUUAA